UUUCCACAAAUCAACCCUCGCAUUUCUAUCGAGAGAGAGAGAGAGAGAGAGAGCUGCGGCUUAUUAUUUGUUUACAUGAAUGAACGCAGCGCUGAAAGUGGUUUGAUACUCGGCAAAAUUUUCCGACACCACAAGACAAAUCUCAUUUCACGGAGCAAUAGCCCCAAAUCUAUAGAACCACACAUACAUAUAUAUACACACACUCACGGAUUUAUCAUUAUAUCAGAUUAGAGCUUUCAAUAUAUCUAUCAGUAAUGCAAGUAUUACCCAGAUGGCGAUACGUUUUGAUACUCAAGAACUCGUUCACUCCAUCUCCAUCAACAUCCACAUCGUCAACCCAUUUGGCUUCAUUUCAUUCCACUCCCAUUACCUUCGAAAAAUGGAAAAGCAAAUGGAAAUCGGAGGUAAGAAGAGAGCAGCAGCCAUCUAAGAGUUAUAUCAAGUAUGCAACAAGGGAAAAACGUGCCGAUGCAAAGAAAGCUCUGAAAGAUCUCCUCUACAAUUACGGGUCAACCACAUUUCCAUUUCAGGGUGAUGAUACAUGGGGAGCGAACGGAACAAACAGCUGGGAUGCAUCAGAAGCGGAUCUUUCAGACAGUUAUCGUAAGGAAGCUAAAGCAAAUUCUUCUGCUCGUCGUUCUAGGAGGUCUCAGCUGAGGAGAAUGAAACGUAAGAUUAAAAGAGCUGAAUUCUAUGGAGAUUAUAAUGAACAUCCUGAGAAAUGUUUCAAAGCAAAGUUUGGGAGUCGAUGCUAUACCUGGUCUUAUAGUCAAUGGGAGGGGCAUUCUUUUGACAGCUCAGCAUCUGGUUUUGAGUGGAGAGACGACUCAAAUAGGACUAACAGUAGAAGUAAAGAAUGGAAGAAUCCAAGUGAUACGGAGUCUGAUGAUGACUGUACUGUUGUAGGCUCAUGUUCUGAUAGAACUAUACUUGGUCUGCCCCCAAGAGGUCCUUUGAAGAUUGAAGAUGUGAAAAAUGCUUUCCGCUUAUCAGCUUUAAAGUGGCAUCCUGAUAAACAUCAAGGCCCUUCACAGGCAAUGGCAGAAGAGAAAUUCAAAAUUUGUGCUAAUGCAUACAAGUCACUGUGCAAUGCAUUUUCGUCAGUUUGAGCUCUAAACUACUACUCCCAAGUACCAUUCUAGUUCAUACACUUCCCAAGGCUUGUCCCUUCAAACAAUAGAGAAGAGUAAAAUCCAUUUUUUUUCCCUUCAAAUAAUUUAGUUUUUAUACUGUGGAGCCAAUAGUAGAUGAUACUAUGUAUUGGAAUUAUUUAUUUAUUUACAUGGAAAAGAACAUCAAAGAUGAUAUUUAUCUGUUCAAA